AUGGUAUUUACAACACCACAACCACAACAGAGAUUCAACUCCACUCCUCAAUCUAAGCAUAGUCUUAUCUUCUCACCAGCUAGAGCUCCCUCCAUGCAAACACCUUCUUCGUUGAACCACCAUUCACCUUCUGUUGCGGGUUCAUCAUCUUCAAUGAAGGGUCACGAUCGCUCUUCAAGCUUUGGUAAGUUUUCUUUAUCUAUCGGACAAAACGGUAAAGCAGCAAUCCUGGGACCUAUAAAUAUCGUAUCCACUGAUAAGUCACAUAUAGAAAAAACUGUGACAAAAAGCACUUCCAAUCCUUCCGAUCGUGUCGAAAAGACUCGCAUUCUGUGUCUAUUAAAAAAAAUGAGAAACAAGAGUGGUAACGUCAAUAAGAAAUAUAGCAAAAUACCAUUUAAAGCCAUGACAAGUCUACAGCCAGUGCCCACCACGUAUUCGCCAACCGCUUCAAACAUUACAAAAAUAUCUCCUAAAAAAUCUAGCUCUCCAAGAACUCCAAACGCUAACUCAAAUCUGAACUUAAACUUCACCUCUUUUCAAAUCAAAACAGGGUUUACCCCCAACAUUGAUGGUAUUUUACUUGAAAACUUCACAUCUCCUAAUGCAGCAUCAGAUUCACACAACAGUACAUCCAACAACAACUUGAACAACAAUACUAGUAAUAAUAACAAUAGCCAAUUGCUUUUCAGUUUACCACUUCAAUCCUCACCAAGACAAUUUAGAUCUCCUGCAAGAUUGAUAGACCCUCUUCCCAUAUCGGACUGGAAUACCAAUCUCUUGAUGUCGCCACCUAGGACAACCAACUUCGAAUCUACGAAUGGUCAUUUUAAUACAACUUUCUCUCAAGCGUCGAUGUUGAGAAGACCUUCACUACCGCACAUAGAUGAAGUAAUCCCUCAGGACUCGAACUACCCAGAUAGAUCUGAUUAUCUAUCCGUGGAUCAAAACACAAGCGAUCACAAUGGCACAUUCUCAGAACAUUCUUAUAAUAAUAUGAUGAAAUCUUCAAUGAUUUCACUGCCUAUGGAGAAAGACGAUGCUACCAUGGCUUUGAGGAAACUCGUCACCAGAGAGUAA